GCAAACGCUGUGCAGAACCUGGCAUCCAUGCAGGGCAUGGACAGGAAGGCACCAGAGAAGCCGGUAGUCGAGGAGGUCGAGGAGGAGGGUGAAGUGGACGAGGAGGGCAUUGAGGCUAAGGACAUCGACCUUGUCGUGACACAGGUGAACUGCUCCCGCGCUAAGGCGGUGGAAGCGCUCCGUGCGAACAAGGGGGACAUUGUCGAGGCAAUCAUGCAGCUCUCGUCCAGCUGA